CUCAGAAACAUGAAAACAUAGACAUACUACCGUGGUCGUUUCACGACCACGGCGACCUUGCGGACCUCGGCCUCAAGAAAGCGGCAGUUUGUCUUGCUUCCUUCGCAUGACAAAAAUCUAGUACUCCACUUUUAUCACAGCUCAAGCCAUACAACCCAUUUUCCAUAUGUAGUUGCUACAAUAUUGUUGUGUCCCCCGCACGUUGUUAGUCGUUGACUUUUAAGAAGUAAGUGAUGCUCCUAAAGCAAAGUACAAACCCUGAGGCUUAUUUUUAACCAACAUGUCACAUCCCCCAUUCCGCACUCAAUCUUCUCAAGACCGACGCCUGCAUCUCACCGCGUCCGCCGGGAGCGGCCGCGUCAACACUGACUGACAGUGCCAUGAGGUGGCACGACUGCCCAAGGACGACGUGAUGUAUCCACUCGAAGGAGCAGCUCCCUCAUUUUGCCCCAAAGAUGAGUACUAGGGUUCUACACUGAAACCUCACAGGGCGAGGUCGCUAAUUUGAAUUUCAGAAGUCCUCAAUGACAGGUUUCGGCGGGGGGACUACAAGCGCAAAGCCCAGAACACGGGCCUCUUCCCACGGCACCCUCGACAGUGACAUAUCAAAUGUAAAAGUGUCGGGGUCUGGAAGCUUGCCAGGUUUGUCAUGCAUAUUUUGGAAGACUCGCGAUGUCUGUGAUGCAUGCUCUAGCACGACAGAUUUUUAGAGGCCUACGCGAUGCCUCUACCGCAUGAGAAAUGCCCUCUCCGGGUAGCACAAACUGGAGUUCUGUUGCCGGUCAUGCAAUUCAAUUUUUUUUAGAAUCCAGAGACAGCAUCACAAGUUUAGAAUCUUCCAGACCCAGACAUUUUUGCAUUUGAUAUGACACGAACUUUUUCGAUGUUUCCAGCGUGUCUGAGGGGGAGCAGGAGGUUAAUAAUCCAGCACAAAAUCUGGGAAAUGAACAGCCCCCCACCAGCAGCAGCAGCAGCACGAAAAAGCCGCGCCGGCGCUCCGGCUCAGCAAAUAACACGACAUGGCGCGGCAAAUUUGCAUCCCGAAAGAGCAGCAUUGUCAAUGGCGCGAAAAGGAAAAUGCGUGCAUCAACAUCCUCCUCUUCCACACUAGUACAAGCUGUACCUCGUCCGAGUGAGCGGGAUUUGGUGAUUGCAAUCGAUGAAAUUUUGGAACACGAGAUUCUUCAGGCCGAACAAGGUGACGACGGCGCUGACGUGGUUAGAGUUACCGCGUUUGCUACACGUAGUACACCCCCGUCGAAAAUAUUAAAUCCGAAUGCCUUCAUUCGUGCGGAUGGCGAGGGGGAGACCUCCGCAGGAAUUCUGCCUGAAGAACUUGUUCUCAUGGGUGGCGAUGAUGAUGAGAACGAGGCUUCUGAUGUGGUCAAUAACAUUGCCCGACAAGAACCGAUGAAAAUGAUGUUACACCGCGACGAUGACGAACAUAACGUCAACACCACGUCUAGUACCGAUGCGAUGCCUGUCCCUCACCACAACUCUACUGUCCACACCAGCCAUAACGUGAAGGCCCUCGACGACCUUCUUUCACUACUCAGCACUGGUGUGAAAAGAGCGGGAAGGAGAGAUGACAAGCAGCUGGUAUCUACUUCUGCUGGUCGAGGAGGUCCCACGAACAGCAACGGGAAGCGCAGUCACCAUUACGCUACCCCGAUUCAGCGGAAAAGUUCAUCCAGGUUGGUCAUUCAUCACUCCCCAGGCGGAGUUCGUGGGCGUGGUCGCACAACUACUACCUCUAGUACCGCCUUGUCUUCGUCAACGUCUUUCGGAGCAGGGGACUACAAUAGCUCGAAGAUGAAGGACAAAUUUCGAAAAGUGCUGCCACCACGACCACCCAGUCGUGGUGCCGGUGAUGACAUUACAACUGCGAUGACGAGCAACAUGUCCUCUCCUGUCCCACAUCACAGCCGUUCGGCGGCCGCAACAGCCUGGAUGUUGAAUGCUAAACAAGAUCGAAAAACUAGGCGGCUUAGCAAGGGGCUACAGCCACCAACUACUUCUGAAGAAGUAGAAGAUGAUCCUGAAAAUACCAAGCAGAUGAAAGCAGAACCCCAGGUCGUCGUCGAUCCGGAUCGCGACUACCUCGCCAUCUGCAACUGCAAGCGCGAAGGCCUGCGGCUGCACAACUGGCGGGAAGGAGUGAUUCACGUGGUGAGGAAGGAAAUGGAAAAUUUUUUGCCAAACCUCCCAGGCGAAGAACAAAAUGAACAACGAGAAGGUGGACCGUUACUCACCUCCUCCGCGAGUGGCAUCAAUGCAGAAGCAGUCGAAAAUGGUGCGAAACAAGACGCGCAGUGGCGAGCUACUAGCACACCCGUAUUAGAAGUAGAGCAGCACCUGACUCCCGCACGACAGGUGCAUCCCGCCCCAGCAACUACGUCCCCUGAGUCAACAUCUGUCGUGGCAAAACAAGUACCUCAGCGAGGAAGUACAGCGGCAAGGUUCUCGGACGUCUGGGAGCCCGUGAAGGUCCGCCUAUUGCUCCGGGAUCUUCUGAUGCGGAAAAGGAUGGAGAGGAUAAACGAAAGAGAACGGAGUCUAGAAAAAGAACAAAAGCAACUACUUCUUCUCGCGGAACACGAAAAGGAACAGCUUUCCCUCCACGAGCUUGGGACGCCAAGAACCGCUGGUGAACACGAUGGGCACGACGCUCUCGUCACACCAUCGCAGCUGUUCUGCAGAAGGGAGAGCAGGUUUGACAAGUUGAGCAAGAGACAUGUGCCAACUACGCCGAAUGUGGUGCAACAGACUACUAGUGCUGUUGAUCCAUCAUUUUCGAUUUCGCACCCGUCGGUGCAGCACAUCAAGCGCAACGCCAGUAAGAAGCCGGCUAAAAAUACAGCCAUUGCGACUUCUUCUACUGCGCCAGGAGGCCGCUCAUCUUCGACUCAUGCGGCCACGAAAAAAAUGAACCUGAAAACUUUGCCGCUCGACAAUGGGAGAAGGAACAAGCCGCAACUGCCAAUCAACAAUGCGAAAAAUCCCCCGUCGACAGUCAACAUUCCGGAACGAUACAAAACAAACGUGGUCUCCGCAGCUUCACUUUUGAAAAGCUUGAAAACGACUACAACUCAUCACGAUGCUUCCGCGACGGUGGCAACUUCUGCCGCCAAACCAUCAAAAGUGGCAAGUACUUCUAAGGUGGCCGGCCACAAGCCCCCGCGGGCAGCACAUAAUUCACCGGCGAAUAAAGUCAAAGCGGUAGAACUUCUACAACCAGAGGUGGACCCUGGUUCUGAUCCUGAUUUCUAUCACCAAGGAUCUUCCUCGAGUAACAACUACCCAACAGGUCCUUCAAAAGCAGCUUCACCAGGGUGGCCCGAAAGCGAGGAACGCGAGGAGCACGCACUUGGAAAUAGUACUACGAGUAGCGCGGCGAAAAUAAAAUCGGGGGAACUACAAAAACAGCCACAGCAGCAGGUGCGCGAGAUCAUUAUCGCGCACAAGCAAUUUAUGGAAAGCAUGAUGAAGAGCCUACCAGAUGCGCAGAUGAAAGUAGAGCACAGUGGAAUGAAGAACAACAACAAUAACGACCAACAGCUGUUGCUGCGCCACUCGUCCACCCCCAGCGUUGAUUUGUCGAUUCGCGACCAACUGAACGACCUGAGAUCUUUACUGGACAAAUGCGCCGCGUUGGUGGAGCGAGAGUUUCCGCAUUUUUUGCUGGAUGGUGAAGAGGUGGAUGGUGCUAACAUGUUUGUCAGCGGCGCGAGGGCUCCCGGUAGUCGCUCAGUUGUAGUUCCGGACUAUAUGGACCUCCACCAGUCCCACCUGCUGCACGAGUUGGAUUUUUAUCAACUGGAAAUUUCGACGAUUUCCCGUGCAGACGGACGAGGGCAUGUUCUACUGCAUGACAAAACUUCCUUACCUGCGAUUUUACCGGUCAGCAUGACAAGCGUGGUUCUUACACUCUAACAAGUUGGCGGAAUUUGUGAUGCAUUUCGUACAGUGUCAGUGUCUGUGCGGGAACAAAAUGAAUUUGUCUUGCAUAGCUUUCUUUUCCACCCCGUCGAGGACUAUUUGUACAGUGGAAGAAUUAUCCACCCAGUUUCUGAUGCGGACCUCGCUAUGGGAAGUACUAGAACUUCAUCUAUGACAAGCCCGUAUACUACAGAACACGCCAACUCCACAGCAACCGCUCUCCUUCCCUUCAAGUACCGACUGAAGAAACAAAUGCUGCUUCCGUUGCUGCGACUGGAGGAAAAAAUCCGGCACAGUCCGAGCUACAUGCUGGAAUGCGAACUCGGGCGGGCAAAAAAUUCUUACGACGAAGAGGACCACGACCCGGCAGCAGAUCUCCAACGGUUGAUCACCUUUGAAUUUCUGAAACGGCUGAAAAUCUACAAUGUUCCCUUCCACCAGGUGAUCAACAGCUUGCGGCAGGCUGUGUUGCUAUUCCCCUGCGACAGUGAGAUUUUCAACGCGUGUUUGUAUAAUGUCCGGGUGAACGAAGCGUGGCGGGGAAGGUUGUUAGCCGGCAUGGAUUUGCGGGAGGAAGUGGAGAGGUAUUUUCAGAACGAAGUAGUACCAAUGAACCCCCGAAGAACAUCGCGAGAGAAUCUGAGUCAUGUUGCACAACAACAAGAACUCAGUGGAGGUUCAGUGGUGAUGGACCUGGAGCUGGACCAAGAUGAAGAAAAUAUUACCGCCAAGAACGAUAUUCUGCUGGAGAAGGUUGUCUUUCAUCCGUCGUCUUCGACUGUGGUAUCUUACGAGCCGAAUGUGCACCUGUUGCGCGACGUGUUACGUGUUGUGCCAGGGGCGACGACUACGACUGGUAUAACAACUUCUACUGGGUCCUCAAUAAAGACGAAGACGGCCGACUUAGUAGACGAUACAACCCCCAUCGUCCCAGGGUCGGGUCUGAAGAGAGGGCACCAGAACAAAAACGCCGCGCAGAUGAACCACCGAGGAUCUUCGCCGGGUUUUAAGCUGGACUUCUCAAAACUCGUGCCAUCCUCGUCUUCGCAAGUUGUGAUGCAGGAGAGCAGUGGGGCUCUACUUGAAGAGGCCGCACAGACGCCGACACAGGGAGCUGGUGGACGAGCCACUUCUACUACCAGCAAAAACGAAGCGAAGCCCGGCGUGAGUGCGCACCUCCUGGCGAAGUAUCCACUGAAAAAAACAACCGCGAGCAUCGGUGUCAAGAACAAACAAGCCGAUACAAGAACGGCGGGCAAAACUGGCACAGGCCAGGCGCUUGAUCGGAUGAGAAGUAGAGGUAAUAUUAAAACCCCCGCCGGCGGGGGUAGUCAGCAUCGACGCGGCGCUCCUGGACCGGCAGGUGUUGGAGCUUCUCCUGAGAAUAAACGGCAGAAUGUUACUGGUCCACCGCAUUACCAUCUCCAUCCGCACAAGCGACAGCAGCAGCAUCAUCAACAUCAACCGCCGGGUGUAGGGUUUGACAACAUCCUCCCGCAUCAUGCAACUACCGGUGCAAAUGCAGCACCUGGAACAAUCGUCAGCGAGACGAUAAACCUACCUACUUCAUCAUCACAGCAAGAUACUUCAUCAUCAUCAUCAUCAUCAUCACCCUACAAGCCGGAGCUCACCAUUCUAGUCGGUGGCUCGGCUAGUUGUCCCUCGGUGAGAGCAUUGCUCCCGGAUUUCCUUGCCAAUUUGCUCCCACGAGCAAAUGGUGCUGAUUUUCACAACGGCGAUCAUUUCCACCGUAAUGGAGAUGCGUCGAAGACGAACUUUGAUCUUUUGAACCCCCGAGUUUCCCUACAGUUUGUCUACAUCGACGAAGCGCACGCAGCGGACACGUUGGCCUCCAACAUUGGAGGUUAUGCGAGGGAAACAAGAUCUUCAGUUCCAAGACGACAGUCUAGUACUUCCCAGUGAUAAAAAUUCAAGUCUGUGGUCAUCAUGUUGCAGCAGUGUUUGAUUCAUCAACUUGUGUCGCUAUCCGGUAGAGGAUUUCUGCCGACUCAGACCUACUGCAGAGCUGGUUUCUUUGCCGCGGCCCAUGUCCAUCACCUCUACAGGUGGAACAACUCCGUUUAUUGCAUAUAGUCGCAGUUGUACUAGUAUCGAUGAGCUGCAUGCAGUUCGUUGUGGUCUACUUACUACUAGCAGACAAUGACAAAGACUGUGUCUGUGGCAGAAGUACUGAGAUUGCAUGUAGUCGUCCAAGAACUUUUUUCCCCUCCAUACCAUUUCAGCCGGCGUGGCCAACGCGAGCCACAAGUCCCAGGCGGACCGGAGAAAAUAUGGCGCUCUCGUCAACUGUUACAUCCUCAACUGUUACAUGGAUUUGUGACGCAAGAACGGCAACAGUGAAAGAGGGGACCUUGCGCGUCUUGCAUGACAGAUUUGGCACAGAUUAUCAGCCUGCUGGGCUCUUCGAGUAUUUGUAAUGCGAAACAGCUUGAUCGUGUCGAUCCUGAUUGCAACUCUGCGUGACAAAUCACGUACUUAACAGCUGAAAAUGUAACAUUUGAGAACGCCAUAGAAAGCGCGCUUUGGACUUUUGGAAAAAGGAAGUCUUGGCACACUUUGACAAGGAAGACAAAGAUGAAAGAACAAGAAGCUGCGCCGAUGGCACAUCAACUAUCAAGACGACCUCCGCCCAUCUUCCAGCCUGGCUCGGCCCCCUGCUCAUCGACCUCCACCCGGAGAACCAGUUCAAGGAAUUCUUCGCCUGCUGGCCGACCCGGGUGCUUGUCGUGAACAAUUACACGGGAAAAUUGGAAUUUGUUUCCUUCGGCAAGAAGAAAGACGGAGGGCGGCUGGAUCUGGACGGGGUAUAUGAUGUAGUGCUGAAGAGAGGUGAAGAGAAAACGAAAACGACCAGCGGGGGAAGAUCAUCAUCAUCUUCAAAACAAGGAAAACACGAACAACCGCGGAAGAAAACCAGAUCUUCGCAUCCACAUGCUGAUGAUGUUGAAAGUCAUCAUUUUCCUCGUCACGACGACGACGCGAAGGAACAUCAUCAGAAGCUCAGUAGACGUAGCAAGACAUGGUAAUGGAUUUAGAUAAGUGACUGUGACUUCUAUACAAGAGCCAGCUUUUGAUGCCGGCCCGGGCUAUAGAAUAAUGCUUUACAAAGUUGUUCCCUACUUAUGUGAUUACAAAAAUGCAAAGACACAGCUUUUGUCUACAUACGAUUCUCAAUAGCGACGUAAGUCAGUCAAUUCAAACUAUCACUAAGGUGUCGACGCCUUAUGAAUCAGAAUCCUGCUGUACGUAAGUACUUUUCUUCAUUCCGGUUCAUCAGCAGAUGAAAAGGUAUCGUCAAGUAUCAAGAAACCGGGAUGACAGGUGGAGCCACCUCGACCACCAGCGCCAGCUUUUUAUUCAUUUUGGAUAAUGUCCGUC